ACUUUAAUAGUUGUUUGCGACCUGAACUGCGCCAUUUUGACCUCUGUUAACAGUGCAUUCUUUGAUAUCAAGUUACCUCACCCGUGUCGUGAGUACGCGAGAAAGAUGGCAGAAUCAAAAUCGAAGUCAAGAAAGAGAGCAUAUGUAUAUAGCAAUCCAUAUUCUCUUGCUGGAACUUUGAAGUAUGACUCUUUUGCGAUGCCAACAUCAAGCCGUACAGGCACAGUUCCCCGAGUUGGAUCAUUAGGUGCCAGGCAAAUGCAAGGGACAUCGUAUGCAACUGCUCAGACCAAGAAUGGACGUACUGCUAAAUAUACACAAGAAAGUCCUGCAUUUUCCGGCUCCAUAACAUUACCAGUUUUGCCAUCAGAAGCCGAACAAUAUUAUAGUUUGAUCAAGUCAACGGGUUCAUAUAUGCCCGUAAACGAAUCUCUGGAUGUAUUCGUUCUGUUAGACUGCGACGAGCACACAAAAUUCAUAAAGGCAAAUUCCCCAGUGAUUGUAAAUCGCAAAGGAUCAUGCUACACAUGCACAUGUUCACCAGACAGGACACAAUUCGUUGAUAAUUUUGAAACGCCCACUCCAGAGGUAGACCGAUUACAUCCCGAAUGUGUUCAUAUCUUUGUCGUGAAAAUCAUCGUCCAAGAAUAUCUAAAUAGAGCCGGUCUGGAAGAUUGUCCUGUCCUUAAAGAUGCAUGUGGACAUGACUAUGCUAGCAAUAUCGCAUAUGGAAAAGAGUUAGAUGAGUCACAUGAACACAUAGUUCCAUUUUUGGACAACAAGUAUGUUGUGCGUGUUGACGGAAGUUACUCCGUUUUACGGACAAAUUUCGGUACAUUAAAGUGUCUAACUUGCAAAAAUGGUAACAGCUGCAAACACACGCAAUUUGUAAAUAAACUGCUGAACCAAUCAGUAGAAGAUAUGUCUGAAUGCGUGCAUAAAAUUCAUUGUGAAAUUCAUAUUAUGAGCAACAAAAAUAAUUACGAACUCAAGUGCUUUUCCUCUCAUAAGAUCCCCUUUAUAUUGGAUAAUUGCGCCAUAAAUAAACGAUCUUCCGAUCUGUAUCCAAUAAAUGAUGGUAUUCGUCAAGUGUUACCAAGGCAUCAAAAGAAAUGUAUGAUUUGCCAAAAUUUACAAUUUGAACUCAAACCAGUGGAACAUGUGUCUACAUUCCUUUCGAAGUACGAGUGUGUCCCUGUUCAAGUGUACGAGAGGAUAUGCGUGGCAACCGGUUGCAGUUCCGUUACAUGUUAUGAUGGGCAACAAGACUGUGUGCUGAACAUGGGGCGAUUUCUCAUCCACUACGAAGUGCUGAGGGAUUUCAUGUUUCAGUAUCUGUAUUCGAGAUCAACAAUGUUCUCCUUUUACAACGUCUGGCUGCAACAUCAAUCCGAUAACGGGAACACGCAAUUUGCCCGAAUAUUCUCGUACAUGUACUUUCGACAGACGUGGUUCGCUUAUCUGCAGUUGAUGGACAUUGACUUUGAAGCGGAUUUUACGUGUCGUGAAUGUGGUCCAUCACCGGUCACCAUGCUUUUUGAUGGCACAUGCCUGUCUUUUAAAAAAAACUUUUUAUGUAGCGAUGAGGACAUACUUCUGGAAAAGCAGACUUCCAAACUUUCUGGCAGUAGUCACAGCGAGCGAGUGUUCAUCCCGAAUAAAGCCGCGCGAACUCUAGUUGCACGCUUCUGCAGCAGACGUGAUGGGCUUCAACCGGAGGAAUUCACUACGAUGAAAUCUUUGCUGGAAAUACACCAACCCUCUAUGGUGCCUUUGCUAGCGUGUUUCCAACAGAUUGGUUGUACGCAGUUUUCUCCUGAGGAGUAUGUUGAUUUAUUGAAUGCACUAUCUAAGAACUCGCCAGUGUGUGCAACAUUCCCUUUGUUAAAGCUACAUUUGAUACAGAACAUCAUAGAAAGUUGCCGAGUUGAAGCUGAGAUUCUGUCCGAAUGUCAAACUCACAUUCCCGUGUUAUUUAGAUUUUUAUCUACAUCGGGUCAGGUGUCCAGUGCAGUUAAAUGUGUUCUCAUCGCUGUGAUGGAGAAGACACGUGCGCCUUUCAAAGGGAGAGAGAGCCACGCCACUCCAGUGUGUGAAUCGGAUCACUCCUUAUCUUUUUUUCCCAGUUUGCCAUGUUUGAGGAAGAGAGGAGUGUAUAGUGCUGAUAAAGAAAAAAGUACCAGUGGUUGCCAGAAGAACGGGGGUCGACAUCAUGCACUAUUACCUGGCAUUUUCACUACAUUUUGUCCUCAUGGAAUCUGCUAUGGAUUCGAGGUGAUGGAAUGUGAAGAAUCCCCAAACAGGCCUUUUACUUUCCUUAAAACAAGAUUUGAAACCAGUGCAGUAAAGUGACUCCGAUUCCUGAGAUGACAAACACGCAGUACGAAGACCCACAGGGACUGUCAAUGGAGCUGGAAACUGUUCUGGGAGAAAUCAAGAGCCUACAGAUCCGCCAAAAGGCCAGAGUUCAAUCAUGGCAUUCAGGGAACACGAGACAUUCAUGAUAGAACAAAUGCGUGUCAAUAUCAAUACUGCUAUAGAUGAGUGUGGUUAUAGUUCUGUGAGUACGUUUCCCAAUGAGCAAUAUUUGAAAGAAAAAAUGUGGACUUGUGUACUUUAUAUCUUGAAUGAAUUUGAAAAUAGUACUGUGAAGGAACUGACCGAAAUGAAGGAUGAAGUUAUAAGCAUACAUGAUUCCAUUGUAAGUUCUUUUUUUAAAUGCUCCAGUCUCCAAAAUGACUUAACACAAUUAUAUGAAGACAUUCCGAAAAUCGGGGACAAUAAGGACAUCUGCUUAAUGACCAGUAUAAAAUGUGAGCGUAUAAUACAGUCAGAUUGACAGUGCUGGGAAAGACAGGCCAUGUGUUUAAUGAUCAGGGGAUGUCUGAGCAUAAUGUGAGAACAGCAAGUGAUUCACGCAAAUGCAAUACCAGGGGCGGUUGUGUUGUUUCUGAUGGACAGGUUAUGGUUGCAGACUGGGGCAAUACUAAUGCCAAGCUGUUGAACAAGCAUUACCAAGUGGUCAGUCAAUUGACUGCCAAUGUAGGGGUCUGUGUAAGAUCACACCCAUUAAUUUUGCAGUGACCGUGAACGGAGGUAAAACACAUGAACUUCAGUUUAUCAGUGUCACGCAGUGUCAGCUGGUGAAAUAUAGGACGUUUCAGUUACAACAUUGGUGUUAUAAUAUUGCCCACAAUGAGGGUGAUCUGUUUAUUGCCUUUGGUACGGUGCUCUACAAGUAUUCACUUUUUUGGGAAACUGGUCUGCAUAAUGUAUAAAGAUUCAUCAGCAGCAUUUACGGGUAAAAAUUAUGGUGUAAUUAUCAUGACAUUAUGAGAAAUAUAAUUGUGAAUUUGUAUAUUGUAUAUAUGUUCAUCGAUGGUUACAAUAAAAUGACAGAUUUUUAUUAUUAUUGAUUUACAAAC